UUAGGGCGAAUGCAAAUUAUAUGUAUAGGAUAUUGGCCCCGCCCAUAGCGGAAGUGGUUUUACAGACUGGCAUCCGACUGGAGGAGGAGCUCUCGCACAUUCAUUGGCUCAGACUGGGGGAAACACUAGAGAAGUAAAUAUGAAGGCUUUAACAGCUGAGGAAAAUAAAUGAACGAGGUUUCCCUGCUAAACAGAAAGUUUCCUUCGUUACUGCUUUAGCAGAAAACCUGCUGUAAAGUGUCUUGAAACACUGUAAUGUGGAGGAGAGUGGCGGUGUAUGGACCUUCGCUCUCAGUCAGAUUAGCAAUCGCAGGUUUUCAUGAAAAGGGCAUCAUGUCUCGUAGGUUGCACGCGAGAAGACUUGAAGGAAUUGACAAAAAUAUAUGGGUGGAGUUCACUCAGCUGGCUGCUGACUAUAAGGCUGUGAACUUGGGCCAAGGCUUCCCUGAUUUCUCUCCUCCCAGUUUCAUUCAGGAGGCCUUCUGCAAUGCACUGACUGGAGGUUUCCGCAUGCACCAGUACACGCGUGCAUUUGGCCACCCAAACCUAGUGAAGAUCCUGGCCAAGUUCUUCAGUAGGAUUGUUGGUCGGGAAAUAGAUCCAAUGGAGGAUAUCUUAGUUUCUGUUGGAGCAUAUCAAGCACUUUUCUGCACCUUCCAGGCUCUCGUUGAUGAGGGCGAUGAGGUGAUUAUUGUGGAGCCAUUCUUUGACUGCUAUCAGCCAAUGGUUAUGAUGGCAGGUGGAAUGCCUGUGUAUGUGCCUCUUAAACCUAGGGAAGGCCGUGGUCCUGCUCUGACCAGUGCUGACUGGGUUUUGUCUCCUGAAGAGUUGGCCAGUAAAUUUACUUCUCGAACCAAAGCCAUUGUUAUCAACACCCCUAAUAAUCCUCUUGGCAAGGUCUAUCAAUGGGAGGAACUUCAGGUUAUUGCAGACUUAUGCAUUAAACAUGACGUCAUUUGCAUUAGUGAUGAGGUGUACGAGUGGCUCACAUAUGAUGGAGCGAAGCAUGUAAAGAUCGCCAGUCUGCCAGGUAUGUGGGAACGUACUGUCACCAUCGGCAGUGCAGGAAAGACCUUCAGUGCCACAGGAUGGAAGGUGGGUUGGGCAAUAGGAUCAGGGCAUAUCAUGAAGCACUUGAAAACCGUCCAUCAGAACUCAGUGUAUCACUGUGCCACAGCUGCCCAGGAAGCCAUAUCAGUGGGUUUUCAGCGAGAAUAUGAUGUAUUUGGGACAGAGGACAGCUAUUUUCACCAGUUACCUAUCACUCUUCAUGAAAAGAGAAAAAGGCUGGCAGAUUGUCUGAAGAGCGUUGGUCUGAAACCCAUUCUGCCCCAGGGUGGAUACUUCAUGAUUGCAGAUAUAUCCAAUAUUAAUGUUGAUCUUAAUGACCCUACUACUAAGGAAGAACCAUAUGACUACAGAUUUGUGAAAUGGCUCAUUAAAGAGAAGGGACUGGCCACCAUCCCGGUAUCUGCUUUCUACAGUCCAGAACACAGAGACCAAUUCCAAAAAUACAUCAGAUUCUGCUUUGUUAAGGAGGACUCGACCCUGCAAGCAGCAGAGAACAUCCUAAAACAGUGGAGUGAAAACAAAUGAAAAAAUCCUGUCAGAUUAAAACUGCACAGACAGUCUGUUUGGCUUAUGAAUAGUUAGCGAAACGUGUUUGAUGAUGUUAUUGGGCUUAAGGUUGAAUAUGCUUGCAGGAUUAGCAGAUGGUGUAAAAACUUUUAGGGGAUUUUUGAGCAAAAAAAUUAAAUCUAUGUUCUAAAUCCAUGAAUCAUUGCUGCCAUGAAAACAAUCAUUACACAAUUUUCUUCCCUAAACAAAUAGUAUAGGUGGAAUUUCUCUCAGUCUUUUAAUCAUUAUUAUCCUUUGGUUGUAAUGUUCUCGAUUUUCUUGUUUGUCUUCAAGUAGCCACAUAUUUUCUUCCAUUUGUUCCGUUCUUGGAUUAUACUUUAAUCUGAUUAUACUUCAUAAUGUCUGUUAUGACCCUCUGGUUCCAGUCCAUGUAAGAAAUUACACAUUAAUAUUUUUAUAUAACACCCUGUAUUAUGUUCAGCCAUUUUUAGUAAAGGUCCUGUAAACUACCUCAUACUUUUGCAAGAAAAUCAAAACACAAAUCUGUACUUUCUCAGUUCUUCAGAAGAAAGCAAUUAUGAGGCAUUGAGUCACACACUGGUUUGUUUUGAAAACGGAACAUGCUUUGCCGAUUUCAGCAUGGGAAUAAAACAAAUGUGAAUGAACUCUC